GCGACACCUACUUGGCUACUUCCCAUUCCUCAUCUGUUUCCACGGUACGAUCUUGGUUUGUUAACCAUUUUUGGUAUACCAAAUAGAGGGUAUAUGGUGGUUAAUAAAAUCAGGUGCUGCCCUGCGAUUUAUCUAAUUUGAGUUAAGUUUUGAGGAAAGUGGUGAGAAGUGAGAAGGUAGGAAGAUUGUGGUGAACCAUGAAAUCUGAGACUGAGAGAUCUUUAUAGAAAGUAGAAACCAUAGCAUGCCCAUUGCCCAAGCAAUACAGAAACACAAAUAAUGGCGCUGCUUCUUCCUCUCUUCCUCUUCCUCUUCCUCUUGGGCCAGUCCACCACUUGGGCCCUAACCCAGGACGGCCUCUACCUCUACCGCUGGAAGCUCUCCCUGGACGACCCCGACUCCUCCCUCUCCUCCUGGAACAACGGCCACCCCACCCCAUGCAACUGGGCCGGCGUCACGUGCGGCCCAACCAACAGCACGGUGAGCUCCCUGGACCUCUCGAGCUUCAACCUGGCAGGCCCAUUCCUCCCCUCCCUCCUCUGCCGGCUCCCCAACCUGAGCUCCAUAAUCAUGUACAACAACUCCAUCAACGAAAGCCUCCCCCUCCAAAUCUCCCUCUGCACCUCCCUCACCCACCUCGACCUCUCCCAGAACCUCCUCACAGGCCUCCUCCCCCACACCCUCCCUCUCCUCCCCAACCUCCUCCACCUCGACCUCACCGGCAACAACUUCUCCGGCCCAAUCCCCCCCUCCUUCGGAACCUUCCCCAAACUCCAAGUCCUCUCCCUCGUCCUCAACCUCCUCGACCACACCCUCCCCCCCUCGCUCUUCAACGUCACCACUCUCAGAACCCUAAACCUCUCCUACAACCCCUUCCUCCCCUCCCCCCUCCCUCCCUCCCUCGGCAACCUCACCAACCUCCGCACGCUCUGGCUCACCGCUUGCAACCUUGUCGGCCCCAUCCCGGACUCCCUCGGGAACCUCCCCGACCUUCGCUUGCUCGACCUCGCCCUCAACAACCUCCACGGGCCCAUUCCCUCUUCCCUCACUCGCUUGACCAACCUCAAACAGCUUGAGCUCUACAACAACUCCCUCUCCGCCCACUUGCCUCAGGGAAUGUCCAACCUCACUUCCUUGAGGCUCUUUGAUGUUUCAAUGAACCAUUUGACUGGCCCCAUUCCCGAUCACUUGUGUCGUUUGCCUCUCCAGAGUCUUAACCUCUACGAGAACUCCUUCACCGGCCAGUUGCCGCCGAGUAUAGCUCUCUCGCCCAACCUCUACGAACUCAGGCUGUUCGGGAACAAACUCGCCGGGGACCUGCCGGAGGAUCUCGGCAAGAAUGCUCCCUUGGUGUGGCUUGACGUUUCCUCCAACCGUUUCUCCGGCCAGAUUCCGGCAACUGUAUGCGAGAAAGGCCAGUUGGAGGAGCUUCUCAUGUUGGAGAACGACUUCUCCGGGGGGAUUCCGCCGAGUUUGGGCGCGUGUCGGAGCUUGACGCGUGUCAGACUGGGGAAUAAUCGCUUGUCCGGUGAGGUUCCGGCGGCUAUGUGGGGUCUUCCGCAUGUGUAUUUGCUUGAGCUGGUGGGUAACUCGUUUAACGGUUCCAUCGCGAGGACCAUUGGCGGGGCGAGGAAUUUGUCGCUGUUGAUUUUGACCAACAAUAGCUUCUCCGGUGUGAUCCCCGACGAGGUUGGGUGGUUGGAGAAUCUUCAGGAGUUUUCUGGUGGUGAUAAUAAGUUCAGUGGGCGGUUGCCUGGGAGUAUUGUGAAACUUGCUCAGCUUGGGACUCUUGAUCUUCACAGCAAUCAGCUCUCCGGGGAGCUUCCCAAGGGGAUUCAAUCUUGGAAGAAACUUAACGACUUGAAUUUGGCCAAUAAUGAGAUGGGUGGGGAGAUUCCUGAUGAAAUUGGGAGUUUGUCGGUGUUAAACUUUCUUGAUCUUUCAAACAACCAAUUUUCUGGGAAUGUCCCUCUCGGGUUGCAGAAUUUGAAGCUCAAUCAGCUCAAUUUGUCUUAUAACAGGCUUUCAGGGAGACUUCCCCCUCUGCUGGCUAAGGAUAUGUACAGGGCUAGUUUUAUGGGUAAUCCUGGCUUGUGUGGAGAUUUCAAAGGUUUGUGUGAUGGGAAAGGGGAGGGUAAGGGUAAGGGAUUUGUGUGGAUUCUGAGAACUAUUUUUAUAGUUGCCUCUUUGGUGUUUGUCGUUGGUGUGGUCUGGUUCUACUUCAGGUACAGGAAUUUCAAGAAUGCUGGAAGAUCUGCUGAUAAAUCGAAGUGGACGUUGAUGUCGUUUCAUAAACUGGGUUUUAGUGAAGAUGAGAUCUUGAAUUGCCUCGACGAAGAUAAUGUGAUAGGAAGUGGGUCGUCUGGGAAGGUGUACAAGGUUGUGCUUAGCAGCGGAGAAGCCGUUGCUGUCAAGAAGAUAUGGGGUGGGGCCAGGAAGCAAAUAGAUAGUGGGGAUGUGGAGAGGGGUCAGUUUCAUCAGGACAGUGCUUUUGAUGCAGAGGUUGAAACUUUGGGCAAAAUAAGGCACAAGAACAUUGUCAAGCUGUGGUGUUGCUGCACCACUAGGGAUAGCAAGCUGUUGGUUUAUGAGUAUAUGCCAAAUGGAAGUCUGGGUGAUUUGCUGCAUAGCAAUAAAGGAGGGUUGUUGGAUUGGCCAACUAGGUAUAAGAUAGCUGUUGAUGCUGCAGAGGGCCUCUCAUAUUUGCAUCAUGACUGUGUUCCUUCAAUUGUUCAUAGAGAUGUGAAAUCUAAUAACAUCUUGUUGGAUGGGGACUUUGGUGCAAGGGUGGCAGAUUUUGGCGUAGCUAAGGUAGUUGAUGCCACCGGGAAAGGAACUAAAUCCAUGUCUGUCAUAGCUGGGUCUUGUGGGUACAUUGCACCAGAAUAUGCAUACACUCUUAGAGUGAAUGAGAAGAGUGACAUAUAUAGCUUUGGUGUUGUCAUACUUGAGUUGGUUACGGGAAGGCGGCCCAUAGACCCUGAAUUUGGGGAAAAAGACUUGGUUAUGUGGGCGUGCACCACCUUGGAUCAGAAAGGCGUGGACCAUGUGCUUGACUCCAGGCUUGACUCUUGUUUCAAAGAAGAAAUUUGCAAGGUCUUCAACAUUGGCCUCAUGUGCACUAGUCCUCUUCCAAUCAACAGGCCUGCAAUGAGAAGAGUGGUGAAGAUGUUACAAGAGGUGGGCACAGAAAACCUAACAAAACCUGCCAAGAAAGAUGGGAAGUUGUCCCCUUAUUACUAUGACGAUGGGUCAGAUCAUGGAAGUGUUGCUUAAUUCAAGUUCUUGCAAGGGUUGGAUUAUUUGAUUCAUCAGAGAGGAGGGGAAAAGUUCUAAGCUUUUUUUUAACUUAACACAGCCAAAUCCCCUCUUUUUUUUUUUUUUUUUUUUUUUUUUUUUUUUUUUCAAUCAUGAUUUGCUUUACAAAAGUUGGCUAAAGAAAAGGGAAGAGAAAUUUUUUUGGGGUUGAAAUUUGAAAAUAGAGUGAAGUUCAAGUUUUUGCCCUCCGAGUUGGUCGACUUCAAGGCGCGUCCCUACUAAAUUUAAAUUGGUGUUUGCAUUAAUACCUCUUGUAUUGAGAAAUGAUAUUCUCACUGUAAAAAAGCUGAGUCAUGUGACCCAUCUCUGGCAUGGGUCAGAUGAAUGUAAGAAUUGUAAAAUCA